AUUCCAGUAAUGAAAUGGCAGAGAGACACAUUCACCAGUGCAGAGUUAGCUAUUAUUUUGUUUGCUUCAAUAGCACUAUUUCCUACCAUACUUUUACCAUCCUCACCUUCUAUGUGGCUGGCUGGAAUGACAUUUGGUUAUUUUUUGGGUUUCUUGCUAGUAUUGUCUGCAGCAUCUAUAGGAGUAUCACUCCCUUUUUUCAUUGGCUCAAUGUUCCAUCGUAAAAUUGAAGAAUGGUUAGAACAAUAUCCAAAGAAAGCUUCUGUUUUAAGAUUAGCUGGUGGAGGAAAUAGUUUUGACCAGUUUAAAGCAGUUGCUUUAAUAAGGAUUUCUCCUUUCCCUUACAUGGUCUAUAACUAUUGUGCUGUGGCAACAAAUGUUCAAUAUGGUCCUUACUUGUUAGGAUCUUUGGUAGGAAUGAUGCCAGAAGUAAUUGCUUCAAUUUACACGGGAAUUUUGAUACGAGCAUUGGCGGAUGCGUCACAUAAAACACAUAUACUAUCUGCUCCAGAAAUUGUCUUCAAUGUUGUUGGCUUCUGCAUAGCUAUAGGCACAACAAUUUUUUUCACAGUCUAUGCUAAGAGGCGGCUGGAUGAAUUGCGAAAAGAAGAUGAACUGCUAUGGCAAUCAUCAAUAUGAUACAUAAUUGAUGCAUACUGCAGAAUUGGAUGAAAUCUUACUACUUGAGUAACCUCAGAGAUGGAAAAUGGUUACCAAGGAACAAGCAGACACAACAAAAGAUGUUUGACUUUGUAUAGGAUUAGUGUCAUGUAUAUAUGAGUCUAAAAAAGAUGUUUUUGGAACCUAUAUUUGCACUGUGUGUUUAUCUAUUUUUAUUUAACACACUAUAUUGUUCAUUUGUUUGAAGUAAGCAAAAUGAAUUAAUAGAAA